GUGCAAGUGACUCUUCUUUUUGUCGCGAUAGCGACGCCAACGCGUGUCAAAACUCUGUUCUGCCCCGCGCAGGUCUGUGAAAAACCUAGAUUGCCAAAAUGAAUAAAGAUGCCCAGAUGAGAGCAACCAUUAACCAAAAGCUAAUAGAAACAGGAGAGCGAGAACGCCUUAAAGAGUUGCUGAGAGCCAAAUUAAUUGAAUGCGGCUGGAAGGAUCAGUUGAAGGCACAUUGCAAAGGCUUUGUCUUCUAAUGGAUGGAUUAAAAGACUUAAAAUAUCGGUCUUGGUCUUCCCCAGAUGUCAUUAAAGAAAAAGGAUUAGAGCACGUUACUGUUGAUGAUUUGGUGGCAGAAAUCACUCCUAAAGGCAGAGCCUUGGUACCAGACAGUGUAAAGAAGGAACUCUUGCAAAGAAUCAGAACCUUCCUUGCCCAGCAUGCCAGUCUUUAACUUCGACAUUCGUCUGGGAUACUGUGUUUCUGUUUCUGUAUUAUGUCAAUCAUGUCAGGAUUUGAAUGCAGUUUACAUACUUAAGGAUGGAAAAUCUUUUUUUUUUUUUGUAUGAUGAGUUGAAGUUUCCUUACACUGCAUCGAUUUCUUAAACUUGGUGUUAUUUUAAUAAAAACUUUUGUGGACUUGUG